UAAAAUAGUACUUAUCCGAAAUGAUUAAGUUUAUCAGUAAAACAUAACAUUUAAACGUCUACACACAAUUACUUUGGUAACUUUACGCACGAUUGUCACGUAACUGCAAUUGUAAACGUGCAGCACUUGCUAUAUUAAAGAUCAUGUUAACCCAAGUAGCAUGCUUGGCCAGUUAGCCACGCCCCGUUCUCUCUUUUAACGUUUGAAUACGCCCCCAAGCCAACCUCGCAGCCAAUCGGCUUCGCCCAACCCCUCCCAUUUCACAAUUCGUGAUUCUAUAGAGACGCAUUGUUAUGCAAAACAGCUCGUCUAAAAUAUCCCCCUGGCAACGCAGUCCUGGGCAGAGAAUCACCGGGACCGCUCGACGGACGCACACUAGCGGGCAGUUUUUGUUGAGUCUCGUCUACCCGUCCGAACGUCAAGAGGCAACCAAGUGAAGUUCAGCGGGACGCGAGAGACGCUUCCAGAGGUAACUUACCUCAGACAUCUUCAAAUCUAACGGCCCCCCAAUGCGCUCAACCGGAGAUACGGCCGUUCACACGCCUCCUCUCUCGCAGUAAAACACGUCAUUCUGCCACAACCUGGUGCAGCUACUGAGAGAGAGAGACACGGGAGACUUACAACUUGUGGAGCACUUAAACAUUUCUCGUUAGGUCUUUGGAUAUACUCGCCAUUUACACGCCGAGUGCGUCGUCCACGCGUCCUUUUUGGAGUCUAGUACCAAAAGCGCUCAAAUUGGUUUUAGUUUCGUAAAGCUGAAGGCUGUGCAAAGCAUCAUGAGCCAGGGGGAUAUAGCGACGUGCUCGGCUCCUCAGAGAGUCUUCCAGGAGGCGGUGAAGCAGGGCAACACGAAAGAGCUCCAUUCGCUGCUCCAGAACAUGACCAACUGCGAGUUUAACGUCAACUCCUUCGGGCCCGAGGGACAGACGGCGCUGCAUCAGUCGGUCAUCGACGGCAACCUGGAGCUGGUGAAACUGCUGGUGAAAUUCGGAGCUGACAUUCGGCUGGCGAACCGGGAGGGUUGGAGCGCGUUGCACAUCGCCGCUUUCGGGGGACAUCAAGACAUCGUGUUAUACCUCAUCACCAAGGCUAAGUACUCGUCCGGCGCGCGGUGAUCCGAUCCGAUCCGCUGGCGGGUAAAGACUCGAGGAAACAUCGGGCUCGUUUCGCUCCUGUCGUUGAUUUGGCAAGCUUGCAGUUCCCUCGUACCUUAAACCAAAUGAGGGGAUGUCGCCGUGUUCUUUCCCGCGAGUCGCCUAUGUGGUCAACCGUGGCUCAGUGGAACUGAAACGCGCGUUGGUACUAUAGCUUUUCUUGAAUGUUUAAGUCAUCGGAUCCGGACUGCGUGGCUUUGCCGCCGCUGGAGAUGUAUCGAGAUGGCACUUGAUGCGGUGGCCGAAUGCUGGAAUAUUUGAAAGGGAAAGCGGUGAACUGCAGAACAAGGGCCAUCCUCUGUUUUGGCUAAACACUGUCUUUUAAUACGAACCUUUUCCAUCAAUCAAAUCACGCUUCACGUGGCGGCGUUUGCGAUCGGCGCUGAAACGCGUCUACGACGUAACAAUGACUUAUUCGUAAGUACUGUACACAUAGCUUUACUGUGUCUUCCCGUAAAAGUAGUCCAUUGCGCUCUGCCUUCACCCAGCAGAUGGCUUUUACACAGCUUUCAGGCCAGUGCGACCCAUGUCUAUGGUUAACGUGUUACUAAAAAUCGCUGCUUUCGCUUUUUUGUAUCAAAACGUCAGGAAAGUCGCAUUUGGGACACACUUUAUAAUCUUCUUCAGUAUUUGUAUUAACACCCUGGUUAUCACUGUGAAUACAGGCUGGGUUUGUUUUUUUAUUUAUGAAGGUACAGUGAGAUGCAUUUAAAUUAUGUUGUGGUUAUUUUUAAGAAUAUAGCCUAUUUGUAAAAGUAUGUAGGGUGACCUAAAGCUGCUUCGGACUCGUUACAGGCUAAACUGUCCCGUGUGGAGACUCCGCGCCACGGCUCCCCCGCGCCCCCCCACGUGUACACUAAAGCCCCCUUUUUUUUCCCGGGAAAGGCGUCCUCUGCAACUUCUUUUUCUGGUUCUCUGCAUCAGCUACCUCGACUUGAAAGUAUUCAACAUUUUCAGAUGCUCUCUUUCUGAAGCCUUCUCUUUUUUUUCAGUGCUCUGGAGAUUAUUGGUCAACAAUAUUGCAUAUUUUUAAAUCUUCACUCGGGACAAUUAAUCUCCAAGAACCAAAAUGAGAUCAGUUGGUUAUUCGCAACGUGGUGAAUUUCUUUUUCACUUGCCAAGCAUGGUUGAGACGUUAUACAUGUUUUAUAAUUGACAUUGUAAAUUGUGCAUUUCCGUUUUUGUCGCCGAUGUCGGUUGCAAAAUGUGGAAUGCAUCGCAUGACUAUUAAAUGCAGGGAGUUUUGUUGCACAUAUACGUGGAGCCUUUCACGCCCCCUAGUGCCUGAUCGGGUAACUGCAGGAGCUGAGGCUUACCAAUAGUUACUACUGAGCAGGACUAUAUGAACAUUAUUAUAAAGAAGACUAUGACUUCUGUUGCAUGACUGUUGCAGGAGACAACCAUAGAUUCGUUCAAAAGAUGGCCUGCUGCCUUUAAGAGUCAUGGCACCUGAUGUUUAUUUCAAUGCUGCUUUUAUGUAAGUUCUUCUCUUUUUUUGUUGAUACAAUGGCCAACGCUGAGUGAAUGAGGACAAGUAUAAAUUAGAUUCAGUCUUAUUGUGAAAAGCCCUGUUAGAGUCUGGUCGUAAAUGUAUAUGCAUGUGUGUGUGAUUGUACUUUCGCACAAAUGCCACUUUUAAACUGGCAAACAAUGUAACUAGGAACUCCUCGAACACCUGGAGAUUCGACAGAUGUGAUUCUCACGAUGAGCUAAUAGAUUGGUAUAGGCAAAACAAAUAUGCAUCGCUUGUCUUAAACUUGAUAUUUUUACUCUUGUUGAAAAUAUUGCACUGAUGACUGUCAUUCAUUCGUUGACUUCCCGUCGACAUUUUUAUUUUUUCUAAAUAGAAAAAAGGAACACAACAAAAUACUAUUGUAUAAAAAAGCUCCAGGUUAUUUUGUCUCUUGUUUGUGCGUUACAUUGUAUAACAUUACGUUUGCAAAGAUUUUUUUAUCUCUGUGAUCGGGUGUAUGUGUAUACAUAUAUAAAUAUACGGAUAUGUAUAGAUGCUGAUAUCUCAGAGCACUUUCUUAUUCGAAGUGCUCUCCUCCUGAUUUUAAUAAAGGGGAAUAAUACUUGUGAUGGUAAGAUCAUUGUAACGAAAUAAAUUGCACGAUGUAUAGUUGUUUUAGCCCGCUUUUUGUCAUAACAUUUAUGACAAGGGGUUAAAGGACUGGAUAUGUGUAAAUGAAUGAACAAAAGUUCGGAUGUAUAGGUUUUUUUUUUGUUUCUUUUUUUGUGGACCAAGUCACCUUGUGUCUCGAACAAAAAGUUUUAUGUGUGCUGCGAAUGCUCUUUUGUGCUUUUCUUUAUUUUCGUUUGUGCGUCUUAUGUUUGUGUGUUGUUUUUUGUAACACUGUGAUUCAUGUGUGGUGAGAAAAUGAGUGCUGUAAUUUUUUUUGUAUGUGCGUGUGUUCAUGCCAGUAAAGAAAUCAUUAAACCUUC